AUGUCUAUAUUUCUGGUUGUUAUACUCAACCUCCAGAUCCUGUUCAGCGGCGACCUGAAGAAGUUCGAAGACAAAGUAGGUAAAAAACCAAAGCCGGUCACUAAGGCGCCUAUCAAAAGGCCUAAAAAAAGUGACGGGCCACAGGCGUUGUUAGGCCCAGCGCCCAAAGCUCUCAAACAAGAAGAAGACGAAGCGGUGGUGGGUCAAUCGCAGGUGGCACACACGCAUGCAGCCGAUGCAGCGCAUAUGAGUCUCACUACAGAACACCCGGACACCAAAGCAGACGUUCAGGUGCAAGAGAGCAUACACAUGAGGUCAGAGAGCGCCAGAGACGCCCCCAAAAAUCAAGGACAGGUGGCUGAACGACAGGACACACAGCCAGGCCCCAACAGGGCAGACGGCCACAUAAUGGGACAGAAGGCAAUGGCGCACCCAACACAUGAGAGUGGGCACGAUGGAGAGACACACACGGUCACCAACGAAGGGGUGCCGAACAUCAAUGCCAGUGCCACGGGGGUGGGACAGGCAAAGGCAAGCCCAGGCCAAUUGCGCACCAGCACCCGAAAAAAGGGACUAGGACAGGCAGGUAUAAACCCAGGCCACCUGCGCACCAGUGGCCGCAGAUUGGCUCGGGAGAGUGUGGUCGAUAGUUCAGGACGCGGGCAGCUAGGCUUCGCUGUAUUACGCAGAGCACAACGGCACGCAAAAGGCGACGGCCAGAAAGCAGCAGAGGCUGUCACGGUGACAGACGAGAACACCGUACACACACAACACGGGACGAAUGCGGGUGCUCGAGACAGCGGGUGCUAACGGUGUAUUCAUAUACAGUACAUUGCGCCUGCACGCGAUCCCUUGGUACGCUACCAGAGACCAGACCACUCUACAUGGUGUUGUGUCUCGAGAUGGGACUGUCAUUCGCCCUGUUGCUGGCUGUAGCACUGGUCGCAUGCAGACUGUCCUAGUAGGCACACGGAGUUGUCCCACAGCCAGGACAGGAACACACAUUGUGUGAGAACUAGGACAGGAACAUAGUGCUUGAGAACGAAAACAGAAC